AGCAGCAUUACUUUCCCAAGAUCCGUGCCCUCGAGGGCCCAUCAGGCCUUCAGUAGUGCUUGCGAUCGCGUAGUCUUUCAAGAAGACCCUUCUACAGCCUAUUAUUACCCUAAAACGACAUCGGUAGUGUGAGGACUUGUCUCUAUUCUCUUGGAGAUGAAUCUCCGUACGCGAUCCUAGAUCGCAGAUCGGGGUUGAUCUCGUCGCGACGCAGCAGGCUGCUCUUUUCCUGGUGUCAAGACUACGGCAAUCUAUCCAAGUGAGCGGAGAGUGAGUGGGAGCGAAGCGAGGGUUCGCGAGUUGAACGAAACGAAGCGCCGCGGCCUACUACGGGUCUACUCUACAAUUUUUUGGUCAGUCGCGAGAGUGUGAUCCCACUCGUAGGACGUGUGAGAGAUCGUUCGCUAGCUGUCCGCGAGUUUCCGAGAUUGAGCGCCGCGUAGCAGGCGUUGAGAUACAGUGAUUUUUAUUUUUUGCGCAAAUAAGAAUAAAAAUUGAAGAAAAAGUGUUUUUUUAUUUGUCGAAAACAGAGAAAAAAAAAUUGCAAGUGAAAUAUCCGCGGCAUGUCGAGUUUGUGCUAAUGGGGAAGAAUAUUCUCCGCCACGAAGAAAUAUCUCGCUCGAUAGGGUGCGAUUUUCCUCGGCAGUGAAGAAAAGUGCGGUUCUAAAAAUAAAAAUCUCGAGAAAGUGGCGGCAGCUCGUGUGUGAACAUGCUGCACUAGUAGCUGCAGGAAAACAGAAGAAUCAAGAAGAUUUCGCCUUCUCGUGGGGAAGAAGUUUCAAUGAAAUGUGAAAAAUAAUCGCGAAGAAAAAGAAGGGAAAACCCAACCGCCCGAAACGCAAAGAAAAUCUCGUGUUUCCCAUUCUUUUGUUCAACGGAAAUCAAAGAAAUCCAACGCCUCCUAGAUGAAUGAAGCUUUCAAUUUCUAUUAUCAGAAUUUGUUCUCGAUAAGUGAGUGCGAAUCACCCCUCGUCGCUUCCAAACACUUUACACUCUCUCUCGCUCUCUCUGAUGUGAUGUGCUAGCCCCCCUUUCUCACCAACAAUCGCAGAAUAUUAGUAAUUUUGUGCAUCAAAGGAAGACCUGUCCCACACCAACUGGACACCCUAGAAGAGUGACCCCUCAUCAAACGGAUCAGACAAUCAGAGAAAAAUAACCUCCCCUACAGAAUCAAUGUUACAUAGAUCCAAUAGAAGAUAAAAAAAAAGUUAUAAACCCUUCCCCAAGAAAACAAUCGGUAAUGAAACCGUUCCAGCUUGACCAAACAACGAAUCGUCAUUUUUCCGAGUCUGCUAAUGAAAGUUUGAAAACGAAAUGAAAAGUUCCCAAGAAAAUUUAUCCGGAAAAAAGUUCAAAAUUGAUAGGAAAUGCCUACCAUGAGCUGAUAAACACAAGAGAAAAAAAGAAAAUUUAUCCGGUGCAGCAGGAAAAGAGAAAAGAAAACGAGAGUUCUCUCUACCAAAUGUGUUUGCGUUUGUGUGUGUGCGUGCGCUCGCCUACGAUCAAUCAAAAGCACAAACUGUGCGUUGCCUGGAUUUCGUGAACCGCGGUUAACCAACCAGCCACGUGCACGUCCACAAACACACACCAACACGUGCGUGUGAUUGUGAAUGUCACAUUGUGCUACCGUUCUCUCGGCCAAUCAUCGGGGAUCGACCUCUGCGGAUCGGCCUUCACUACCUCCUUGGAUGUGGAUAAUGAUGUGUAAGAAUAUGAAGAAAUUUGUAGUUGUGUCACCAUUGUAAAAUAUAAAAUCGUCAUUGGUCUGGGCGAAGAAGACCAAUAGACACCAGCGAAGAGAAGUGCUGAAUCCAUGUUUUCUCUGUUUACUCGUUCACCGUUCAUUGUUUUUGUUGUGAUUAAUGUGAACAAAGCAAAUCAAUACACAUCAAGCCCAUUUGCCACAAUCGACUUCGCGCGUUGAAAAGCAAGCUAUCCAAGUUCUAAUUAUUUUCCCCUCUUUCGUUUAUUUUCAACACACAAAAAAUGUGCACUGUGGAAUCAAACCGAAACGGAAACCAAUGAAAUCGAAAUAAAAUUGUGCGACAAUUCAUACUGAAUACGUGUAUACCCGCGCGCGCGUGUGUUCUUGUUGUGCGUAUAACCAUGGCAACCGCAGCGAAGCAGUCCUCCGCUUCGUCUCCUUCGUCGAGUGUUCAUAACUUCGCCGAAGGUCAGUCGAGCAACCACCAACAGGAGGACCUCGACGCGAUCGCGAAGCAGAUUUCCGAUCACGCCGAAGCAAUCUACCAGACAUGGAAGGCCCGUGGCCUAGCGCCAACUGAAAUCCUCAACUGCCAACUGCCGACGGCGGACGGUGAGAAUGCUUUUAGCAAAACCUUGAGCCCUACGACAACUACCGCUACCUCUUCCGCAUCGCCGGGCUCGCCGUCCUUGCCGUCUUCUUCGUCUAGCGUAACCCAGAAGUCCACUUCCGGUGUAGCCGAACUACUCGCACAGGCACCCGAACUCUCCAACAACAGUCUAGAGCAGUUGGUCAGUUCGUUUGUCAACGAAGACAAGGCUCGGAUCGCUGCACAGAAACGAGGUGCCGGACGUCCGGUUUCGGCUGGGUCCACUAUCAAGAGUGUGCUUCAAAAGUUCGAACAAAACGGUGCUCAGAACCUUAACACUUCCCCUAUCAACAAACCUAACUACAUCCGGCCAAGCAGCACUACACCGAACAAGGUGAACAAUAACAACAAUAACCUUAGUACUCUGAACAAGAACAAUGUUCCAGAUGUCCUGAAGGAUACACUCGUUGAGAAACCCCGUGAAAAGCCACAGACACCGGUCAAACCGGACCAUUUGCUGAACCAUGUUCCUAGCUGGCCGCUGAAGAAUCGCGUAGUGAAGGCCAGCGGACCAAACAGUUCCGACAAAGCCAAUCAUCAACCCAGUUCGGCAAAUUCCGGAAGCACCAGCAGCAGUAGUAGUAGUAACAGUGGCCUUAGUAGCAUCACCGGCUCAACCGGUUUCAUUUCCAAGAAUACCGCGGAACUUAUGGAUGAAGUUUCGCGGGAAGAGGAACGUCUGAUCAACGCACUGAAAACGGGAACCGUUCUCAACAACAGUGACAACCUUCUUCCGGAGGUUAUAACCUCCACCCUCCCGGAGACCCGGGACGUCCCCGACUACGGAUACAGUAGUAACCGACCCCUCGAUAUGGUAACCUCGUCGACUGUAGUGGCCAAUGGGUCUACCAAUGGCACAACCAACGGUACCAAUGGUACUAGCGCUGGCGCUGGCACCGAUCCGAACAAUCCCGCUGCCGCCAACGCCGCCGGGGUCAAGCACUGGAACGGGGUCCCGAUGAAGCCGAACCACAUACCGAUCCUCAGCAUUCACCAGAUCCACGAACAGCACAAGCUGUCGACGAACUUUACCCGCAAUGUCGCAACCACAAGACUGCCGAAGGAUUUUGGCCGCCCGGCGGCGUCCGACGAGAAGAAGGAGUUCCAGGCGAAGACCAUUCCGAGCCCGAUCCGGCCGUUCCUGUCGCGGGGCUCCGUGGCCGAGCGGGUGCUCAUCUUCGAGAAGUGCCCGGAGAAGGCACCGCCCCGGGAACGCGCCAAGGAGAACGUCAAGGUGCAGGUGAGUAACAAUUUUCACACUUUUUUGGGAUUUUUUUUUUUCGUUUCAUGAUUAGAAGUUGAUUCACU